GUUUCCGGAGCCACAACGGGCACCCGCCGGGUGCGGGUCGCUGGGAUUCGGGUGUCCUCGCUUUUGGAUGUCUGACAGUACCACAUCUUUCCACCUUGGAAAAUGGUGCCUGACCCCCUUCCCUCACUCGGAGUUCAGCCCAACCCCAAACCUGUGUAGCCUGUCUUCGGACACGUCAGACCAGCGCCCGCCGCCGCGGCCUCGCCUCUCCCGCUAGGUCUGGCCGCCACCUGUGACCCGCUCAGGGGCAGCUUCCCAUCUCCCGGCCUCCACUCCCAACCCUUUGAUUCUCCAGCGUGCAGCACAGUAACCUUUCACAAACAAACCUGAUCAUGUUAUUCCUGUGCUGAAACCCCUCUGGCCAGUGGUUUCCACUGUCAGGUGCUCCUGCCAGUACUCUGCCCCCAGUCAUUGUCCACUUGCCGUCCCCACUAGACUGUGCUCUGUGCAGGGACUGUGUGCACUAUUGUGUUCCCAACACCUGAUGCGGGGAUUGAAUAAAUGUCUGUCGAAUGACCAUGAAAGAAAUGUCCCCCUCUCGUUGUCCUUUGCUGGGUGCCCCCCAGGCCCGGAUGUAUACCCUAGAAUGGUUGUGGGUGAGGACACUCUGUCCCUCUGGCUGCUCUGGCACUGAUUUUCACCCUGAACUGGUGUUGCCUCUCCUCUUCCUCUUGGCCAACCUCCCUUUCACCAAUAUAAGCCCAAACUAGAGGCCAGUGGGCAGUCAUGUGUUGUAUGGCAGGCCCUGCAGGGAGCCACAAUCUGGAGCCCCUGGGCCCCCACAGAACCCUCCAAGCCCUGUACGCGGUCCUCGUAAUAGUGCUGGUCGGGAUGAGCUUGGUGUUUGGUAAGCUUGUUCCUGUCAAUCAGGAACCCCCUCAACCACAUCAGUUCCCCAAAUACCUGCGCUGCUACCGAUGCCUCUUGGAGACCAAGGAGUUGGGGUGCCUUCUGGGAUCUGACAUCUGCCUCACACCAGCUGGCAGCAGCUGCAUCACUCUCCACAUAAAAAACAGCAGCGGUUCUGAUGUCAUGGUGAGUGACUGCCGCAGCAAGGAGCAGAUGAGUGAUUGUUCAUACACCCGCACGUCUCCAGUGUUUGGCUUCUGGAUAUUCUCUCAAUGCUGCUUCCUGGAUUUCUGCAAUGACCCUCAAAACAGAGCACUCUAUACUCCUUAGAACAACUGCAGAGAACUUGGGGUAAAAUUCCACAUUUCUGGCACUGUCUUGACUUCUACCUGGGCUCAGCCAGGACAACUUCCAGUCCCUUAUAUGAGCCCUCUCUGCCUCCGUCACUGGACCCCAGUCUUACCUCUCUUUCUCUUGUUUGACACCCUUCAACACCCCGAUUCCCAUUCUGUCCCCCCUUGCCCCUACCCAGGCUCCCUCUUUUUCCCCAAGUCCCCAGGUAUUCCUCCAAAAUAAACUGGUGUGCAGCCUGGUUUGUCUCUCUCUUCUGGUGGAGGUGGAGGCUGAGGGAAGUGGGCCUGACUGCCCCAUCACAGGGGCAGGAAAGGGCUCCCAGCUCUGCUGAGCCCUCCUUCUGCCCUGCCUUGGCAUUUGACUCAGCUCUAGAAACAAAAAGGUGAAGAGGAAGUGGAAACCCUGCAAUGGUGAAGGCCAGGUGAGUGGGCAUCCUCCAAAGU